AACCCUUCUACUGUAAUGCAGACUUUGCGUAUGCCUCCCUAUGAGUAUCCUUUACCUCCACCGACCUUUUUUUUUUCUUUAUUCGAGUGACAUGGACGUCCCUCCAUGCUUUGCAUUCACGAGAUAACGAGCCCAGUUACCUGUGUUACAUGUAACCGCGAAAGACUAACACUAGAAAGAACACAUAAUCCAAGAUGGCGGUCGAAGAGAAUCAUUCCCGCCGAAAAGACGACAGGAGUUUAGACUUUCUCUCAGCAAAUUUCGAUCCCUUGCGAGCACUCUACCGCCGAGAUAUCCAACCACCCUUUCCAAACAUUCAAGUCUUUAAUAAUCUCGCUGAAUAUGCCCGUGCUAUCAAGGAAGGCAAAUCAAAGCCAGCAUUUCGACCGUCUGAAAAACCUCAGCCAAGUCAACGUGCGCGCAACCUCAAGCCACAGUUCCAAGGGCUGGAGAUACAAGAGAGACUUCAAGCGCUUGCUGAUGGGAGUACGAAAGUGGAGGGUCAGGGGGGAGCAGUUUUGGCUAGUGCGGAAGGUGGGGUUUGCCUUGGAGGAAAGGUAGUUGGCGGUGGAGGACUUGGCGAAGGAAGGCGGUGGAAAAAACCUAUGAAUGUCCUAGACAAAAUGCAAGCAUGUUCAGUUGGGCCUAUGAGCAUAUUGUACCGAUGUGUGGAAGAAAGACUGAAGCUGAGAGUGUGGACUCGGCGGUAUAAGGGACUGCGUAGUGUGUUAUCAGGGUAUCUCAUUGCCUUUGACAAGCACAUGAACUUGGCGCUUAUGGAUGUUGAUGAGGUGUACACGUUAGAAGAGAUAACAGCUGAACCUCUUCCCGAAGCAGAAGCCAAAGAAGUUAAGCAGAAAAAGAAAAAGAAGAAAAAGAACAAAAAAGGCCCAGAAUCUCUAAACGAGUGUCGAAAAGAAGAAUCUGAAUUAUUAAAGGCAGUUGCUCCUCCUGAAAAAAAUGUUGCUUCAACUGAUGUAUCCAAAGUACAGGAAGAGGAAUCGGAAAUGGAAUCAACUGUUAAGGAUUCUCAUCUUUAUCAAAGAACCAGUAUUGAUGAACUUUUCAUGGAAUAUCGAGAUCCACGUUUAUUAAGACGAACCGACAAAGCUUGCGAAAUUGGUACUGCAAUGAGCAGUAUUCGUGUUCAGUCUGAAAGAAAACCUGUUGUGGAGUUACCAACUGAUCCACGUAUCCAGAAAGGCAUACCUAGUAAUGUUAAACCUUUAGUCGGAGACAAUAAACAGGCAAGUGAUUGCCAUUUGAAAGACAAGAUAAAUCUGAUUGGAAAACAAAUUCCUGCAGACCCCCGGAUUCGUCCUAGACCCGACAGCCAAGGAAAGGUAGACAGUGUCAAACCUUUUGUUGAAGAAACAGUUCAUGCUGGCAUCACUCAACUACAAGAGGAUAGACGGCAGAUGCAGAAACAACCUCUUGCAGUCGAUCCCCGCACUCGACCUAGUCUUGAAAGCCAAGAACAAGAAGACAGCAAUGUCGAACCAGUUUCAGAGAAAGUCCAGGUGGAUAUCAGACGGCAGAUGCAGAAACAACCUCUUGCAGUCGAUCCCCGCCUUCAACCUAGACCCCAAAGCCAAGAACAAGUAGACAGCAAUGUCGUACCUCUAGUUGGAGAGACAGUCCAGUUGGAUAUCAGACGGCAGAUGCAGAAACAACCUCUUGCAGUCGAUCCCCGCACUCGACCUAGUUUUGAAAGCCAAAAACAAGAAGAAAGCAAUGUCGAACCUUCAGUUGGAGGGACAGUCCAGGUGGAUAUCAGACGGCAGAUGCAGAAACAACCUCUUGCAGUCGAUCGCCGCCUUCAACCUAGACCCCAAAGCCAAGAACAAGUAGACAGCAAUGUCGUACCUCCAGUUGGAGAGACAGUCCAGGUGGAUAUCAGACAGCAGAUGCAGAAACAACCUCUUGCAGUCGAUCGCCGCAAUCGACCUAUUCUUGACAGCCAAGGACAAGCCUCUGGUUCAGAACGUGUGCGUAUAGCAUCAUCUGAGAUAGCAAUGAAAGGAAGAGCUCCUGACCUUGCUACAAGUGCUACAGCAAUACACGUUAGAAGACCUUUUGCUGGCGAUUUUCCAAGUUCGACUAGGGUCGAAAAAGGGAAAUCUUGUGAAGAAGCAGCCUGCCCUGCAAUUACACAAGACCAAGUUUCUUCACUAGAUGCCAGUGAGUAUUCUAAACUACGAGAAAGGAGAACCUCAGGAAACGUAGCUAUCGCUCAAGUGAUAAGUGAAGAGAGAUCUUCUCAAGAUCCGAUUAACAUUCCAAUGGUACAGGAAAGAAGUCACUUCACAAGCGUUCCUAGUACUCGUGAAAGACAUCUAUUUCUUGAUGCAGCAAGAAUACGAGGAAGGAGACAUUCAGGAGACCUAGCUAGCGCUCAAGUGAUAAGUGAAACAUUAUCUUCCCGAAAUUCGAGUAGUGUCCCGAUUGUACGAGAAAGGAGUCACUCCACAGGCGCCAAUAGAACUCACGAAAGACAUUUAUCUUUUGAUGAAGCAAGGAUGCGAGACCUUAGCCGAACUCGACGCAUUCCUCUAGCAGUCAUUAGUGAUCUGCCUCAAUUAGAUCCAAGAUUAUCAACCCAUGAGAACAGUAUAUACAAGACCGACUCGAAGCUGAAGACCUUCAGGGUUUUAAAUUAUGGUGCGAAGUCACGCGAAGAUGUAGACUUUAAGGUUUCUUAUAGUGAUUCUGGUACAAACAGCGCUUUUUCUGAAAGAAAUGAACCUCAAGAGCAAUAUCCCGAAAGAAAGGCGAUGGCUGGUGAAAAGGCAUGGGACUCAAAGACCAUACAAGAUAGCCAGGAUGUGGGCUCUACUGCUACUGAUACUGAAAAAACGGGUACAGUCCCUUUCUCUGAACGCCAUACAGGAAACCUCGAAACCUCCAUGUAUUCUACUCAAAGUGGGACGGUAAAACCUGAAGGUAUUGAUGAUGAUGUACCUGCGUUGGCUGUAUGUUCGGAGAAACCUAGCUUUCUAUUCUCCCAGGAUCUGACUGUCCACUUGUCCUCCUGCGACGAAGGUGAGCCUGAAGAAAUGGAGUUCACUGUCGUUGGGAUCUUUCAACCAAAUGAGCCAAACCCUGGGGAACAAGGCUUAGUAAUGCAAGACGUCAAGAUACAAAUUCCUUUAGUUCUCCCUCAAACGGACAAGCAGAUGGAUUUUAUGGAAGCGCAUGUCCCUGUUGUUGCCACAGUGUCCGAUGAAGUUUUUUCUGAUCUCGAUGAUAUUGUCAUGACAACUGAUAAAGAUGGUAUAAACACGGCUCGUGAUCCAAAUGAUUCUGUCAUGGCACCUGACCCAGAUGAUACUGUUACAGCUCCUGAUCCAGAAGAUUUUAACACUGCUCCUGCUCCAGAAGAUUUUAACACUGCUCCUGAUCUAGAUGAUUUUGACACUGCUCCUGAUCUAGAUGAUUUUAACACUGCUUACGAUCCAGAUGAUAUUGUCAUGGCAUCUGAUCCAGAUGAUAUUAAUACGGCUCGUGAUCCAGAUGAUAUUGUCACGGCAUCUGAUCCAGAUGAUGUUAACACGGCAUCUGAUCCAGAUGAUAUUAAAACGGCAUCUGAUCCAGAUGAUAUUGCCAUGGCUUCUGGUACUGGUACAAAGAAAAAAGACAUAAUCCCAAAGGGCAGUAGUGCAGUUACUAAUGCUGAUAAUGUUGUGGCCAAGGACUGUAGUAUGGUUACUGAGGAUAAUGUUGCCAAGGCUGUUGAUGUUGUCGCCAAAGAGAGUAGUUUGGUUACUAAGGCUGAUGAUGUCGCCAAGGACAUAAGUACAGUUACUAAGGCUGAUGAUAUCGUCGCCAAAGAGAGUAGUUUCGUUACUAAGGCUGAUGAUGUCGCCAAGGACAUUAGUACUGUUACUAAGGCUGAUGAUGUCGCCAAGGACAUUAGUAUGGUUACUAAGGCUGAUGAUGUCGCCAAGGACAGUAGUACAGUUACUAAGGCUGAUGAUGUUGCCAAGGACAGUAGUACCGUUACUAAGGCUGAUGAUGUCGCCAAGGACAUUAGCACGGUUACUAAGGCUGAUGAUGUCACCAAGGACAUUAGUACGGUUACUAAUUCAGAUGAUGUCGCCAAUGACAUUAGCACGGUUACUAAGGCUGAUGAUGUUGCCAAGGACAGUAGUACUGUUACUAAGGCUGAUGAUGACGCCAAGGACAUUAGUACGGUUACUAAGGCUGAUGAUGUCGCCAAGGACAUUAGUACGGUUACUAAUUCUGAUGAUGUCGCCAAGGACAUUAGUACGGUUACUAAGGCUGAUGAUGUCGCCAAGGACAUGAGUACGGUUACUAAGGCUGAUGAUGUCGCCAAAGACAUUAGUACGGUUACUAAGGCUGAUGAUGUCGCCAAGGACAGUAGUACGGUUACUAAGGCUGAUGAUGUCGCCAAGGACAGUAGUACUGUUACUAAGGCUGAUGAUGUCGCCAAGGACAGUAGUACUGUUACUAAGGCUGAUGAUGUCGCCAAGGACAUAAGUACUGUUACUAAGGCUGAUGAUGUCGCCAAGGACAUUAGUACGGUUACUAAGGCUGAUGAUGUCGCCAAGGACAUUAGUACGGUUACUAAGGCUGAUGAUGUCGCCAAGGACAUUAGUGCGGUUACUAAUUCUGAUGAUGUCGCCAAGGACAUUAGUACGGUUACUAAGGCUGAUGAUGUCGCCAAGGACAUUAGUACGGUUACUAAGGCUGAUGAUGUCGCCAAGGACAUUAGUACGGUUACUAAGGCUGAUAAUGUCGCCAAGGACAUUAGUACGGUUACUAAGGCUGAUGAUGUCGCCAAGGACAUUAGUACGGUUACUAAGGCUGAUGAUGUUGCCAAGGACAUAAGUACAGUUACUAAGGCUGAUGAUGUCGCCAAGGACAUUAGUACUGUUACUAAGGCUGAUGAUGUCGCCAAGGACAUUAGUACGGUUACUAAGGCUGAUGAUGUCGCUAAGGACAGUAGUACAGUUACUAAGGCUGAUGAUGUUGCCAAGGACAGUAGUACUGUUACUAAGGCUGAUGAUGUCGCCAAGGACAGUAGUACUGUUACUAAGGCUGAUGAUGUCGCCAAGGACAUUAGUACGGUUACUAAGGCUGAUGAUGUCGCCAAGGACAUGAGUACGGUUACUAAUUCUGAUGAUGUCGCCAAGGACAUUAGUACGGUUACUAAUUCUGAUGAUGUCGCCAAGGACAUUAGUACGGUUACUAAUUCUGAUGAUGUCGCCAAGGACAUUAGUACGGUUACUAAGGCUGAUGAUGUCGCCAAGGACGUUAGUACGGUUACUAAGGCUGAUGAUGUCGCCAAGGACAUUAGUACGGUUACUAAGGCUGAUGAUGUCGCCAAGGACAUUAGUACGGUUACUAAGGCUGAUGAUGUCGCCAAGGACAGUAGUACGGUUACUAAGGCUGAUGAUGUCGCCAAGGACAUUAGUACGGUUACUAAGGCUGAUGAUGUCGCCAAGGACAGUAGUACAGUUACUAAGGCCGAUGAUGUUGCCAAGGACAUUAGUACGGUUACUAAGGCUGAUGAUGUCGCCAAGGACAUUAGUACGGUUACUAAUUCUGAUGAUGUCGCCAAGGACAUUAGUACGGUUACUAAGGCUGAUGAUGUCGCCAAGGACAUAAGUACAGUUACUAAGGCUGAUGAUGUUGUCGCCAAAGAGAGUAGUUUGGUUACAGAGGCUGAAGUUGUUAAGGACAGUAAUCUGGCUAGUGAGAAAGGUGGCAUAGGGCCUAUUGGCAUUAAUACCAUGGAGAUAAAUCCGGACAUGUCAUUGGAACAAGGGGAAUUAUCCGAUAGUGAUGAUAAUAUUGCUCAGAAAUCUUACAUUACCCCAGUUGCGGGAAACCCUUCAGCGGGACGUGACAGAAACACGGUAUUAGAAGAAGGGAAAUUGUCUAAAGGUGGUGCCCGACCUGCAGAUAGAAUGAAGCUUGGCGUGAAAGCUCUGUCCCAAUCAGAUGAUGGUAAAGAGGAAGGUGAGAUUUCUAGCGAUGAGGAGCCGCCUGCUUCAUCAGGCGAACUUGAGCCAACGGGCAGUAAGAGUCAAUGUGCUAUGCAAGCUGACAUAAAGAAACACACAAAGGGAGUGGUUCCAAGAAAAGGCCCAGUUUGGGCGCGGUUGGAUUUUAGCAAGAGAGUCUCGAUUGACACCAGACGAUUGGAGCAAGUAGAAAAAAGUAGGGUGGGUGAGGAAGACGUGCCUUUUGAAAGUAUAAAGGAUUCGAGACGGCGCAAAAAGAAACCGCAUGACAAGAAAGAGGGAAAAGGGCCUUCUGGGAACGGUGAAAGGGAUACGUCGACAACAGAAAUUGGAGAUGUUACCACUAGGCACACACAGAGUAUGAAACAUACUCAAGACAAGCGGAGAGAAUCGAGUCAGAUCAAGGAAAAACACAGAACAGAGGAUACAUUUCCCAAAGAAAAAGAAGCAAGAGGUGCCAACGCCAACGAGAUAAGUAAACAGGGUGUGAAAGAGAAAGCGAGGGAAACCAGAAGAGAAAGUGUCCGACAAGAGGGUAAAGAUUACUCUAAAGAUCUUGAAGGUGAUUCCAAAGAAAGGGUGGGACAAAACGCCGGAGAUGCGAAAAGCAGACAUGAAAGUCGGAGAGAAUCUAGUGAAGAAGGAAGAGAAAUAGGGAAAAAAGAUUCUAGAGAACGACAGGGUGAUUCGAAUGCAGAUGUGUGGCUAAGUGAAAGUAGAAGAGAUGGCCGAAAUAGUGAAGACGGACAAAGAAAACGGGAAAGAGUAAGGAAGGGCCGUGAUGUAUCCGCAAAAGCAAGUUCCAAGAUUCCAGUCAACGAAAAGGAAUAUGUUGGCAAAGCUAGGACAUUAGAAGAAAGCAAGGAGAAGGCAAGGAAUAUUGAUACUAGGGAUUCCAAGCGAAGUGAUGGAGGGGGCGAAAUGAGAACGAAGGGUGAUUGCCAAGGUUCUAAUAGGGGUGUAAAGGGAGGACAGAGUGAGAAAGAGUCGAAAGACAGAACUAAAGACAAAUAUUCAGAUUCUAGAAAACAGCCUGACAGGGAAAACCGCCGUGAGAGGAAAUAUGAAGCAGGGAAACUUGGAGAUUUAAGAAAGGGAGAGAAAUUAUUUUCGAGUGAAUUAAAUGUACAAAAUAGCGAAAAAGUUGACACGAAAAUUAGUCAGACAAAAGGGAAAGAGCAAUACGAAGACCUGUCCGAGAAUUUGUUUUUAUCUGUGGAAACGAGAGAAAAGGGCGAGACUAGCCGUAAACGUGUUACGAAGAAGGGAACUGAGAAUUCCGCUGACGAUUCAAGUAGCGCUCCCAAAGGAACGUCCGAGAAACCACGACAAUUAAAGGACAGAAAAGACAGUGAACAAAAGACCGGCUGUCCAGAUAGUGACGAUGUCUUAGCACCACAUGGAAGCGAUAAUCCAGCUGUUUCAAAUUCCGGACAGAAAAGCGCUCGCAAAGGCUUGCUUCCUACUCCUGUCAAUUGGGGCAGGCCACAGAGAGAUUCGAGUACUGAUGCAGAAGGUUUAGUCAAGGAUCUAGAGGGUAUAACUACGUUUGUUCCUAGACUGGAACCCACUCAAGAAGACUGCCCUGUUAAGGAGGUAUUAGGCAGUGCACAAAAGGUGUCCCAAAGACGUACAAAAUUGGCCAGAAAAACCCUAGCAAAGAGAACAGCAAAACCGGAAUUCUCCCCUUCAAAGGGUUUAAUCCAAUCCAACAGGAAGCGAAAACAAAGGGAUCAAGAUGAGCGAAAUACCAAAAAGGUGAAGCUUAGUGCUGUUUCAUCGAGGUUAUUGGGCUGGCAAAGCGAUCAAGAGGCAGCAAUAAAAGUGGUGGAGAACUCCACGGAACAGAUGGACCGGCCAAACACCCAAAAUGAACAGGUAGUCGGUUCGAACACUCAUACUGAACAGAAGGCCGGGUUAAACACUCGUUAUAAACCGGUUGCCGCGUCAAAAACUACAGAACUGAUUACAGAAUCAAAAACUCGUAAAGAACAGAUUACCGGAUCAAAAACUCGUACUGAACAGAUUGCCGAAUCUGACACUCGUACUAAACCACUUGCCGGGUCAAACACCCCUAUUGAUAACGACAAAGAGUCCGAUUGUCGCACCGUGAAGAUUGGCAAAGGGAAACGUCUGGUCUUCAAGCGCCGACACGUGAAUCAGUUGUUCGUCAGAGGGGACAACGUGGUAAUGGUGGCAUUUGCCCCUUGAGACGAAUUCUGUCAAGUUGUUGCCAGAUGAACGUGACACCUGAAUGUACCCAAGUAUCGUCAUCUGGUUGUACCCAAAUAUUGACCCCUGGUUGUACCCAAGUAUCGUCAUCUGGAUGUACCCAAGUAUCGUCAUCUGAAUGCAAGUGGAGAUGAUUCAUGGAGACCAAGAACUAUAUCUAUGCAACAAUCAGGGAGUCAUAAGUAGGGCAAUCAUCUGUUGUCAUCUAUUAUCAUUUGUCACGGCGUUUUUGUUGGUUUUUGAGGGGCACGCACGGACGCGCUACGUCGACAUUGGUCGCGCGCGCAAGUGAUGCGAGGGUUCAGGCGCAAAUUUCAUUUAGGAAGAAAAAUGUUUGUGUCCCUCUUGCGCUGGUUUUGUUUUGUUUACCAAAAGCAAGCUAGAAUUCAAAAUCGUAGGAAGAGGAGACUGCGCGCGCAGAUGAGCUCAGCCAAAACGUCAACGCAUAAAGGUCGCAUCUGAUUGGCUAAUCCGUGCGUCUAAAAAUAGCCUGAUCCUAGGAACCGCCGUGACACCCUAUAUAAUACCAGAAUGUGGAGCAGUUGAUUGCCCCUACUUGACUGCCUGUGCAUACACAAGAAAUCUACAAAAGUCAAAGCCACAUGCAUCUGUGUCAUCAAUCCUGGGUUCCUGCCUAUUUCUUUAAUUCACUUUCAUAAAAAUUUACAUACAAUAAGAAAUAAGGAAAAACCUUCCACUCCGCUUCAGCGUUACUCUCUUAAACAAUUUAUCGGAAAGUUAAGACCUCUUAAUGUCCCUACAAAUGCCGUUUGUAUCCCCAAAAACCUUCAUUUAGUUGACUUGGAUAUCAACUUUAACUCCAUCAAAUUGUAUUAAAUAUAAUUCUAUUUUUA